AUGAGUGAAAAACGAGAAGAGAAGCAGCAAGGCAGCUUCGCAAACAAUACGCUACAAGAAGAUUCCGAUGUUUCGCUUAGAGGAGAAGACCAGCCAGAAUGGAACUUGGCUGAAGAGCUGAGAGUCCGUACAAAAGUAGACAUGACCGUGUUGCCACUUCUUUUCCUCGGCUUGCUGGUUUUCCAACUUGAUCGCAUGAACAUUGCAAGCGCCUUGACGGGAGGCUUUGCAACAGAUAUCCAUGUCACUCAGUCUACAAUUAACUUGGGAAAUCAGCUUAUGUUCAUGGCUAUUGUCAUUUUUGAGAUUCCAUGCAACAUGGCACUCCAGCGCGUCGGCCCACGCAAGUGGAUAUCUGCCCAAGUAUUUGCAUUUGGUUUCAUCGCAAUCAUGCAAGUAUUUAUCAAGAAUCGAGGAGGAUUUCUCGCUACUCGCCUUCUUCUCGGAUUUGCUGAAGCCGGCUACAUUCCUGGAGCAUGUUAUACCUUAUCGACCUGGUACAACAGGCGAGAGCUGGCGAAAAGAGUAGCUAUCUUCUUCUUCGGCAUGUUUGGGGGUAACGCAAUCAGCCCCCUACUGGCUUCAGGUAUAUUGCUGCUGGAUGGCCACCGGGGCCUCCGAGGAUGGCAAUGGCUCUUUCUACUCGAGGGCCUUUUUACAAUCUGUGUUUCCAUAGUCCUCUUGGUUUUCCUUCCAGGAUUCUCAGAGUCUGAAUCAAAGAUAUUGCUAAAGCGCCUUGAAAAGGAUGGCGAAGAGGAUCGAAGCGGACAGGGUCUCAAAAAGAUUCCUCUCUCAGUUGUGUGGAGCACAGUAUCUCACUACCGCCGGUGGCCACAUUUCGUCUCAACUUUCGUUGUCUUCUCAACUUGGAGUCCUUUGACCACAUAUACGCCAUCAAUCAUCAUGUCAUUAGGUUUUGACAGAACAAGGGCAAAUGCUUUGGCUGCAGUCGGCGCAUUUCUUGCCCUUGCCGUUGUCUUCAUGUUUGCAUUUAUAAGCGACCGCACCAAUCAGCGAGGUGCUUCUGUGAUUGCAGCCCAGACAUGCUACUUAAUCACAUUGAUUGUAGCUCGCUCACUUCAGCCUCAUGUGGGCAAGUGGUCGCGAUGGGGUUUGUGGACGGCUGUUAACAGCUUCGCCGUUGGCUACCAUCCUGUUCACAAUUCGUGGGUUCAGCUCAACUGCAACGACCCCAGAGAGAGGAGCAUUAGCAUUGCCAUGUGGGUCAUGUCUGCUAUUAGUGGUCUUAUGGCCGGAGCGCAAUACUUUCAAGCAGAUGAUAAGCCGCUCUAUUCAAAGGGCUUGCGCAUCAUGAUCAUUAUGGUCUCAAUAGGAAUCGCCAGUGCCAUAGUGCAGCUUGUUGUCUACAUACGACACAACCAAAGAGUUGCUGAAGGAAAGAGUCAGCGCGAGGCGGGAUUAAGCCCCAGAGUAUAUGUACCAUGA